CAGAGGAUAAACCCCAUCAAAACAAUAGUCGAGAAAAAUAUCUGUUAUGGACGCGGAAAUAAGAGGUGUUUAGAUACUUCUCGCAUUUCAUCAAAGCGCGAUGUCUAAAUUGCAGGUUUUAAGCGUUUAUCUGACAGAGAGAUUAACUUUAGCGGCCCAGGAGAUAUUUAAAGCGGUCGAAGAUGCAUUUUCGGAGUAUAAUGAGGAGAUAUGUCGCUCCAGACAGGAGAUUGAGCUUCUCAAGAGGAGACUGCUGCAGGCAGGGGUUCAAAUGGACUCAGAAACACAGCCUUCCUUCUCGGAGACUCCAGGACCGAAAUGCAUCCAGGCUUUCUCAGAGGAAUGGAGAUCUGAUUCUGAACAUGACUUGAAGGAUUCAGAGAUGCAUAUGAAGCUAGAAGUUUAUACACAACAUGAAGAGAAUGAAGUUCAAAUGCCUGUUUGCAAUGAAUCGGGAUCUUCUUUUUCACCAUGUGUGGACAUUUACCAUAAUAAGACGCACAGCAAAGACACUGAAACACAAAUAAUGGAUGACGGCGAGAAUCAUAAUUUCACAUUUAUUAACCAAGCAGCUCAUAUUAAGAAUGAACCAGAGAUUAAUACUGAAAUGGGUACAACAUGCCAAGCAUAUCAGCAAAUUGCAAGAGAAGACUUGAAUGAUUCAAGGACCAGUGAUGAUUCAUAUGACACCAACAAAAUCAAAGUUAGCCAUAUUGGCUCCCCCAGACAUAAGAUGCAAACAUUUAAUAUGCCACACAGAAAUCAAGAGAUUUCGACACCAGAUAGAAUGGACCUGGCCCAGAUAAGAGAGAGAAUGUCUUUGAGAAUCCGGCUCUGUAACUCUGAGCGUAAAAGUAGGAAAAGUCAAUCAUCUGUCUGUCAGGAUGGAGUGUCAAAAUCUGACAAGCGGAAAGCCAGCAGUGCAAGACGCAGUCAGACCUGGAGGGACCGUUUGAAAGAAGACCCUGUAAAAUUUGCUGAGUUCAAAGCUUCGGAAGCUGCGAGAGCAAGAGAGUAUAGAAGAAAGAUGACUGCUGCUGCUGUAGAAAUUGCGAAGGAAAAAAAUCGUGAGCGACAGAGAAGAUGCAGGUUGCAAAGGAAGUUACAACAGUUUAAAGCUGACCAAGGGCCUCUGCCACUUUAUAAAAGAACAUUCUUCCCAAAUAAAAGAGAAGAUGAAGAAUGGAGAUUUUGAUAGGAGAAAGAAAAUAAAAAGAGAGAAAGGAUUGAAGAACAGAAGAGACGACAAUUCAUUUUGUACAGCUGGAUCGGUGUCCACAAUUAUUAAAGAGUUUCAUAAAAACAUGGAUAUUACUUGCUUUGAUGUUGUAAACAGUAACCCUAAUCAAAACCUUAUAAUCAAAACACUAAGGUACCACAGGAACUUCUUUACAUGAGGACUGUAAAGAAUCAAACAUUCUUCAUGGAGAUCUCUACAUAGAAGACUUAAUAGUUUGGCAAAAAACAAAAAAAAAAAUAGUUUUUUCAUUUCCUUUUUAUCUCAUGGCUUCAACCUAAAUGUAUUUUUCUUCAAUGGUGGACAAAUGUAUAUCCGUGUCUCUAUGAAUUUUUUACUGAAAUUUUACUGAGAGCCUGAACUGAAUUAUCACUGCUACUAUUGAUGAGAACUGUAUAAAUCUCAAGCAUGUUGAGAAAUGUUUAAAAUGUGUUCUAUGGCAACAGUAGGAAAAGAAUACGAAAUGGUGUUAUUUCAGAGCCAGAUUUUACUGUAUAUCAAUAUUGAAGAAAAGGUUCAAAGUGGUAGUAGAUUUGUUUGACAAAUAUAAAGCUUUCUUGUAAAAGCUGUCACCAUCAAUAGUAAACUAAAGACUAAAAGGUUAAAAUGGGUGGCACAUUAAAGAUGAUAGUGGACUAGUUAUCUGAUCAAAUAAACUUUGCUAAUCAUCUUUUUAUAGCCCACAGGCAGUGCAGCCAGUUGUCCAUUGUAUAAAAAAUUCAUUAUGAUUUUCCCAAAAUGUAUGUAUAUUUUUGCAAAUAUCUCUAUGAGCUUUGGUAUUUGUCCUUGUUUAAGAUGCCAGUGCUGUUCACCACUUUGAAACUUUUUGUUCUGUUUAUGAAGCUCCUAAAAUAAAUGAUAGGUCUGAAGUUAGAGCAUGUUGAAUUCACAGAUGGCUGGUACAAAGUCAAAGGUGCCAUUUAAUGACUUUAGCAACUUUAAGCCUUCAUGGGGUUUGUCUGUUAAGAUGUUACUUUGAAUUUCACCACAGCAAGGAGUGUGUUAAUGGUGUCUUCAGGGUCAAAAUAUCAUCAGUUCAGCGUGUUUUCCUGUCAAGUAGAAUCACUAUUAACAAAGUUGAGAUGUUAUUUUUGCAGUCUAAAUGUAAUAAAAGAUAUGUUUGAUGGACAACUGCAUACAUUUUAUGUGGUUAAUGAGGUGAAAUUCUAUACAAUGUUUUAUAAGACAAGUUUUCCAAUGCUGGAUGAUAGACACCAGUGUUUUACCUGGCAACAACGUAUCUUUAACAUGCGCUAAAAUACUUGAGUCAUACCACCUUGUGAUUGAGGGCACUCUUCAGGAUAAUUCAUGAUGAAGAUGUACUACUUUUAUAGAACAAAUCUCUGGAUGAAAUUUAUUGAUCCAGGUAAGAGCUUUAUUAUUUAAUGAUUGAGAUUUGUGUGUAUUUUACUACAUCAGAUUAAAUUCCUCAUUGAAACUGAAACCAAGUAUGUAAAUGCAAUUUUCACCUAUUUUGAAUGCAAGUUUGCAAUGCAAUUUUAAAGUCAAACUUUUUUGAAACCAAGCCCUUUUCUCCCAAGACCACAACUGAUCUAAAAUGAAAUGCUUUUCAGAAAUCCCAACUGAUGUCUUGAUGAAUAAUUUGUUUUAUGAAAACAAGGGACAUAAAGCAAGUAAUUUAAGGGCUAUUGAAGUGCAGGUGGGUAAAAUAAUCCGUUCUUGUUUUUUUUUUUUGUUUUUUUUUUAGGUUUGAGCAUAUUUUUUAUUUAAUAGUCUUGUCUUUAAAUAUUGGGGUCUUCCUUUGAGAACAUUGGCAUCUUGACAUUUUACAUGGUGUUUAGGGAUCACUUUUAAAUUUGCAGUUUUGUCUUAAGAAAACACUAGAAUGGCAACUUGCAUUUAUAGUGAGUGUCUCUAUUUUUAAAAUCAUAGCACAUAGUAAAGCAUUAUCUAUUGUGUAAUUUCAGGAUUUGCAGAUAUGCGUUUUCAGGGAAUACAUGAGUAUGAAUAAACAUUUCUGGAGAAGCAACAAGUUGGCAGUUUGUUUUCUGGCCCAAGACUCCUGUUCCAGUACAUAUAUUUCAUUGACUUGUAAACUUCAUUGGACGCUGUGCAUUCUCAAUUCAAGAGUGAACUGCUCAUGAGUGACAUUUCACAAAUAAACAAUACAUCUGUUUGAUUACCGUAUUGUCGGAUGUUUACAAGUUUCAGGCAAAUUCCAAAUUUGAUAUAAAAUGUUGAAUUUUCCAAUAAAGUCAUACUUUUUUUUAAAU